GCCCUAACCGUAGUUUACAUUGAGCAGAACAUAGGCGCCGCUGAUCUGACUUCCGGGCAUUCGGCACCGGCUCUGCGGCUCACAGCUGCCAUGUCGUAUAGAGCUUUUCUCGUCCCCUCCACUAUCAGUCAAAAUAAAUACGGUAAGUAAUACGGAGUAAUCGCAAAACUCGCUGCGGCACCACAACCCAUCAUCGGAUUUACAUAAACCUUGUGUUUUAUCAGAUUUAUUGUUUCAGAUUUGAGCGUUUUAGGGAUAUUCAUCUGAUUAGAGAGAGAGAGAGAGAGAGGAAGGGAGAGAUGUCUGUAACAGCAGGCGUGAGUGAUACGGUGAUAGCUGUUAGGGAGAAACUCAAGGGUAAGAUCGGCCAGACAAAAGUGAAAAGGUAUUGGCCUGGCAAAGCCCCGGAAUGGGCAGAGGAAGGAGAGGAAGAUGAAGGAAUUAGGAUGUCCAGGGCUGCUGCCCUAGAGAAAACAUUCCCUAGACACGAUGGAUCAGAUGCCGGAAGAAAGGAUGAUCCAAGGUUGCGUAGAUUGGCAGAGAGUAAGAUAGAUGAGGAAGUGAGGGCUGAUCAUCGACGCAUCCGUCAAGCAGAGAUUGUUUCGACUAUUGAAGAGGAAACGAGAAGGCAGGAAAGGAUCAAUGAGGAGGAGGAGAAUGAGGAUGCCCUGGAGGAGAAGAGGAGGAGAAUUAGAGAAAAGUUGCUUCAGAGGCAGCAAGAAGAGGCUCUCCCACAGGAAGAGGAAGAGGAGGCAGAAGAAUCCGAGGAAGAAGAAGAAUCGGAGUAUGAGACUGAAUCCGAUGAGGAGACGACCGUGAUAGCAAUGGUAAAACCUGUUUUUGUUCCCAAGGCUGAGAGGGAUACCAUAGCCGAACGUGAGAGGCUCGAGGCUGAAGAACUGGCUUUUGAAGAUUCUAGGAGGAAGAGAUUGGAAGAGAGGAAAGUUGAGACAAAGAAAAUUGUUGUUGAGAAGAUUCGUGAGGAGCAGGAGAUUCAGAAGAAUUUGGAAUCAGAGGCUAAUGUUGCUGAUGUGGACACUGAUGAUGAGUUGAAUGAAGCAGAAGAGUAUGAAGCCUGGAAAGCCCGAGAGAUUGCUAGGAUUAAGAGAGAGAGAGACGACAGGGACGCUAUUUUGAAGGAGAAGGAAGAAAUAGAGAGGUUCAGGAACAUGACUGAGGAAGAGAAGAGGGAGUAUGAGAGGAGGAAUCCAAAACCUGGUGCUCAUCCCAAGCCAAAGAUGAAGUUCAUGCAGAAAUACUACCACAAAGGUGCAUUCUUCCAGGCAAAUCCUGAUGACAGAGCUGGAACUGCUGGCAGAGAUGAUAUCUUCAGCCGUGAUUUCUCCGCACCAACUGGAGAAGAUAAGCUCAAUAAGACAAUACUACCCAAAAUCAUGCAGGUUAAGGACUUCGGUCGUAGUGGAAGGACUAAAUGGACACAUCUAGUUAAUGAAGACACAACUGACUGGACUGUCCCGUGGUCGAGCAAGGAUACACUUCGGGCAAAGUAUAAUGCAAAGAUGGCUGCAGCAAAUGCGCCUAUUGAAAAGCCCAAGGGGAAGAAGAUGAAGGAUUGGGAAACACGUUGAGGUUUAUUUUUCAGUUUUAAUGUAAGAAUGUGAUUUCAUAUGAAACCGCUGAAAAGAUUUGUGACUCUUUUCCCUGAGGGAAGAAUGGAGGAAUUCCAGUUUGCAGUGUUUUAAAGGUUAGGGCUAAAAUUGUACGGAGUACUAAUUGCAAUUCUAACUGAAUAAGUUUUCCUACUAUGACAGGCAAAUCUUUUGUGUUCGGGUAAGUUUGGGAUGGAAAUUGCAUGGGGUAGUGUCAUCGGGUCUGAGUCGACUUAAUAGAUAUGAGUUUUAUCC